AAACACAGACUAAUUUUUGAUUGGCCAAACAAAAAAAGAGCUCCUCCAUCACGCCGCGAUAUGUAUGGCGCUGCCAUCUCUUUUUCGUCCCAUACCGCCCCCCGUCCCGGUGUUCAUGGCGUCAUGCGGCGCUAUGUUUGGCUUUUGGCUGGAUAUGGCGCCCCACUACCAUCGCUCUAAAUUAUAACUAUAACCUAUCCAUUAUCAUGAUUGGUCUGUCACAAAACCAUAAACAAAGGUACUGUAACCCUAGCACAUACAUGUUACCAAUAUAUAUACACAUACACACAUAUUAUUUAUCAAAUGAGUCAACUUCCCUAACCUUAACACAAAAUGCCAACCAUCAACAAAAAACUCUUGCUCAACACCACUACCGUGGACGUCGGCUGCGGCGGCGGCUGCCGCGGCAUCAAACUCUCGAAAAUCUUCCACCCGAAACCGAACAAAUACAAACACCACCACCGCCGUUACCACCACAACCACUCAUCCACAUCCACAUCAUGGAACACCACCCCUUCAACUACUACUACUACCACCACUACUACCACAUUCUCACCGGACUCUACGGUGGAUGAGUCUGAAGUGAGGAGUUUAAGAGCGGUUCAAGGGUUCGGGCGGAUCGGUGGCAACAGUUUGGCUGUGGAGAAAGAUUCUGAUGAUCCUUACGUGGAUUUUAGAGACUCAAUGUUGCAAAUGAUCAUGGAGAAACAGAUUUAUGGGAGAGAUGAUUUGAGGGAGCUUUUGAACUGUUUUUUGCAGUUGAAUUCUCCUUAUUAUCAUGGAAUCAUCAUUAGGGCUUUCACGGAAAUUUGGAACAAUGUUUUGGCUUCAAAACUCAUGCAUGGUGAUUGAAACAUUGAAUAAUUGAUUCAUGUGCAAGUGAUGUGUCACCCAACUCUCUUCCUUAAUUUUUUUUUUUUUUUUUUUUUUUUAUGUUUGGUUUGGUUUUGUUGAAUUAAUGUGAGACAAAAUCAAAGUUGGGUUUGGUUUGGUUGGGUUGGGUUGGAGUAUCAAGUAUGUGAUGUUAUUAGCACUUGAAGUAAAAAUGGUUUUUGGAA